AUGCACCAGUCAAGAGAUCAAGAAAGCAAGAAUGAUUUCCUUUCUAAUCAAAACAUUCUAGCCUCAGCCCAAACCAAAGAAGGUUUGAACCUCGUGUUGAUAAGAGGAGAUGUUUCAGAUUACUGUGCUGAUGUCAUUGUCAACACGGUCCCCACAAGUCUUCAUCUUGGAGGAGGACCACUAUCUAGGGCUCUUUUGCGGAAAGGUGGUCCAAAGCUCCAGAAAGAACUAGAAGCUACGAGAAAGGAAAAUAAGGAGGAUUUGGGUAGCAUCUUCAUGACAAGCGGCUGCAAUCUGAACUGUAAGGCUAUGCUCCACGUGGUGGCUCCUUACUGGGAUAAUGGAGCAGCGUCUUCUUUGCAGAUCAUGACAAGUAUAAUCAAGAAAUGUUUGAAGACUAUAGAGCAGCUAUCUUUCCCAUCAGUCACAUUUCCUAUGAUUGGAACAGGAAUUUUGAGGUUUCCCAAAGCUGUUUUUGCUAAACUAAUCCUUUCAGAAGUGCUCAAAUUUAGUAGCUCUGCAUACAGGAAAUCCUUUCAAGAAGUUCAAUUUCUGGUCCUUCCAAGUGAUAAGGAAGGUGAACAGGCAUUUUUAGAUGAAUUUGCUAGACAAUCAAGUGAAAAUCCCAACAGGGACAGGAUUCUAAUGACUGGUGAUAACCAAGGUAUCAUCAGGACUCUCUCUAAACCUGGCCUCACAGGUUAUGAAAUGAAAUUUGGGUCAAUUAAUUUCCAGGUUGUUACUGGAGAUAUCACUAAAGAAAAGACAGAUGUUAUUGUAAACUCAACAACAAGGACAUUUGCUCUGAAGUCAGGGGUGUCAAAAGCAAUUUUAGAAGGUGCUGGACCAACUGUGGAAAAAGAAUGUGCUGUACAAGCUUCACAACCUCACAAAGAUUUUAUAAUUACACAAGGUGGAAACUUAAUGUGCAAGAUAAUAAUUCAUGUUCUUGCGCAAAAUGAUGUCAGGAAGACGGUGACCAGUGUUCUGGAGGAGAGUGAGCAGAGGAAGCACACAUCUGUUUCCCUUCCAGCCAUUGGAACACGAAGUGCCAGGAAAAACCCAGUCAAUGUUGCUGAUGACAUAAUCAAUGCUGUUGUAGACUUUGCACGGAAAUAUUCUUCCCCAUCAUUAAAAGAAGUUAAAGUUGUCAUCUUUCUACCUAAACUCACUCAGCUUUCUUGGAAUACAGUUUUCUCAUUUCUCAAUUCUCAUCUGGACAAAUGUAGAAUAGAUAACAUUCCUGAAUAUUGGACUGAUAUGAAUCAACAGCUGUCCUGUGUGGUCCUGCUACAGCCUGGACAACUGAAAUAUAAUUCUGUGAAGGACAGGUUUUGUCUCUCCUACAAAAUAGAAAAGAUUGAGAGGAUACAGAAUCUGCUACUCUGGCACAGCUAACAGCUAAAGAAAAUGCACAUGGAUAAUAAGAAUGGCCAUGCAGAGAAUGAGAGAUUUCUCUUCCAUGGGACAGAUGGAAAAUUGGUACCACAUAUCAAUCAUGGCUUCAAUCGCAGUAACACUGGGAAUAAUGGUACAUCUUAUGGAAAAGGAACCUAUUUUUCUGUUGAUGCCAUUUAUUCUGCUAAUGAUGAAUAUUCCAGACCAGACAGCAAUGGGAGAAAGCAUAUCUAUGUUGCGCGGGUGCUUACAGGCGCCUUCACACUUGGACAUGAAGGAUUAAUUAUCCCUCCAUCAAAGAACCCUCUCAGUCCCACAGAUCUGUUUGAUUCUGUCACAGAUAAUACACAGCAUCCAAAUUUAUUUGUGAUAUUCUCUGAUAAUCAAGCUUACCCAGAAUAUCUCAUAACUUUCAGAUGUUAAAAAAUAGGCCCUUUUUAAUCUCAAAGAGAUGAUUUAGUCAUUUAUAAGAACAAUUAAUAGGGUUUUUGUC